CCGUGCAGGUGACCCCUCCCCGCGAGCCGGCAGCCAAGAGGGUGCUGUCGCUGGGGCCGUCCCCGCCGAGCCAGGGCCAGUGCGUGCUGAGCUACAGCCCGUCCCGCUCGCCUGGCACCAGCCCCAAGUUCCCCUCGGGCUGUGCCAGCGCCUUCGCCCCCCAGCUCCAGGCCCUGCCCGGCCCUGCCCUCGGCGCCUCCGGCACCUGCUCCCCCGGCAGCACCUACGGCAAGGUUUCCAGCUUCAGCCACUCCCCCAACGGGUCCCCCCAUUCCACGGGAGCGCUGGACAGCGGGGGGAUCCGGUCCCACUACCGCUUCUCCCCCAUCCUCUACAACAACUCCACCCACAAGGACGACUACAUCACUGACGUCAAGUCCCUGGACACCUUCCUGAGGAACGAGGAGGAGAAGCAGCACAGAGUGCAGCUGGGGAGUUCAGACUCCAGCUCCCCUUCCAGCAGCCCAACCUUCUGGAAUUACAGCCGGUCCAUGGCAGACCAUGCCCAGAUCCUGAGGAAGUUCCAGUACCAGCUGGCCUGCAGGUCCCAGGCUCCCUCAGCACACAAGGAUGAGGCAGAUCUGAGCUCCAAGCAGGCAGCAGAGGAGGUGUGGGCACGGGUGACAAUGAACAGGCAGCUCCUGGAUCACAUGGAUUCCUGGACAGCCAAGUUCAGGAAUUGGAUCAACGACACGAUCCUGGUGCCGCUGGUGGAGGAGAUGGAGUCGGUGAGCACCCAGCUGAGGAGGAUGGGCUGUCCCGAGCUGCACAUCGGAGAGGCCAGCAUCAGCAGCCUGAAGCAGGCGGCCCUGGUGAAGGCUCCUCUCAUCCCAACCCUGAACGCCCUGGUGCAGUACCUGGAUCUCACCCCAAACCAGGAAUACCUGGUGGAAAGGAUCAGAGAGCUGUCCCAGGGGGGCUGCAUGAGCUCCUUCCGCUGGAACGCCGGGGGGGACUUCAAGGGCCGCAAGUGGGACACGGACCUGCCCACGGACUCGGCGAUCCUCAUGCACGUGUUCUGCACCUACCUGGACUCGCGGCUCCCACCCCACCCCAAGUACCCCGACGGCAAAACCUUCACUUCCCAGCACUUCAUCCAGAGCCCGGACAAGCCAGACACCUCCAACGAGAACCUGUUCUGCAUCUACCAGAGCAGCAUCAACCCGCCCCACUACGAGCUCAUCUACGAGUGCCACGUCUACAGCCUGCCCAAGGGCAGGAACAACAUGUUCCACACCCUGCUCAUGUUCCUCUACAUCAUCAAGAGCAAGGAAUCUGGGAUGCUGGGGCGUGUCAAUCUGGGCCUGUCGGGCGUCAACAUCCUGUGGAUCUUCGGGGACUGA